AGCCACCGGGUGGUGCCCGCUCCCACCCCCGACCGGGGCAGGCUCUGCCAUCUUCCCUCCCGCACUGACCAAGCCGUGGUCUCCCUCCCCAUCACCCAGGCCGUGCCCGCAGCCGCCAUGACGACGCCAUCUCCCCCUCCCCCUCCCGGCUGUAACGGCAGCAGCUGGAUGAACCCGGACUACUAUUUCCUCUGCGACACGGAGGCCGCCUGGGGCAUCGUCCUGGAGACCCUGGCAGCCGCCGGGGUGGUGGCCACGCUGGCCCUCCUCCUGACCCUCCUCCUCCUCGUCUGCAAGACCCAGGACUCGAACCGGCGGAGCGCGCUGCCCGUCCAGCUGCUCUUCCUCCUGGGGGUGCUGGGCCUGUUCGGGCUGACCUUCGCCUUCAUCAUCCGCUACAACCAGCACACGGGGCCCACCCGCUUCUUCCUGUUCGGGGUGCUCUUCGCCCUCUGCUUCUCCUGCCUGCUGGCCCACGCCCUCAACCUGGCCCUCCUGUCCCGCGGGCGCUGCCCGCUGUCGUGGCCCCAGCUCCUGGGCCUCGCCGUGGGCUUCAGCCUGGUGCAGACCAUCAUCGCCAUCGAAUACGUCACCCUCGGGCUGACCAAACACAGAGACACCUUCUCGGCCAUGUUGCCCAACGAACGGGCCGUGGACUUCGUCCUGCUGCUGAUCUACGUCCUCUUCCUCAUGGCCUCGGCCUUCCUGGUGUCCGCGGCCUCCUUCUGCGGCCCCUACGCGGGCUGGAAGCGGCACGGGGCCCACAUCUACGUCACCGUCCUCUUCUCCAUCGCCCUCUGGGCCGCCUGGAUCACCCUCCUGACGCGGGUCAACCGCGACCUGAACCAUCAACCGCAGUGGGACGACCCGGUGCUGGCCGUGGCGCUGGUGGCCAACGCCUGGGCCUUCCUGCUGCUGUACGCGGUGCCCGAGGCCUGCCUCCUCACCAAGCAGCGGUGCCCGCGGGACUAUCCCGGGGAGGACGGGCCCUGCCGGCCACAGCUAAUGAAGCAGAGCGUGGGGCUGGAGAACCCGGCCUUCUCCCGGGAGGCCGGAGCCCGAGGUAUGGACGACCCAGGGGAGACCCUGUACACCCAAUACUCCGCACACUUCCAGCUGCAGAACCAGGACUCUGCGAAGGACUUCUCCAUCCCCCGGCCCAAGCCCCGGACGGGCCCCUACGACGACUAUGCCGGCAGGAAAGACGGCCUCUGAGGGCUCCUGUGGCCGCAGAGACCAGCUCAGAGGGGCCCGUCCGGCCGGGGGCAACCGGACGCUCAUCGCCGGGGCCGGAGGACACCCAGACCCCGCGCUGGGCCUGCCCGCUCACCCCGCGGACCCGGGAGGGGGAAGCCGAGGUGACCGGGCCGCUGCCUCGGGCCGGCGGGUGACUCCCGGGGCCUUGCCCUGGCCAGAAAUCUUGGCAGACUCAGGGUUAACCCAGACACACAUACACACAUGUGUGUGCAUGCACACAUACGUGUCCCUCACCCAGAGUGGGGCCGGUCGGGGGUGGUUGGUGCCCUCCCCCGCCUGCUCAAACCCUGGACUCCUCUCCGGUCCCGAGUGAGGGAGGACCAGGGCAGGGUUGGGGCAGCCCCGGCCGGGCUCUGACCGCUUGCCACCCUCCCCCUGCCUGCCCCCUCGGCUAUGGGGAGGCCUCUUUCUCCCCACCCGUGUCCACUCCAAGUUUCUCUCUGACCCCACUCGUGAUCCUCUCGUGGACCCCACUCUCGCCCAAACCACGGGGGGAGAAAUCCCGUCCAUGGCCUUCCCUACCCACAGAUGACUCCGCAUUCCCUGCAGCACUGGCAGAGAGUGGGUGACAUUGGAGGGACGAUCCUCAGCCUGUAAUAAGUUAUUUGUCCUUCCUUCGAAGGAGCAAACAAUAAAGAUACGAUAGCGACCA